AUGAUUCCGGCAGAUCCAAAACCAUCAUGUUACGUCGAAAAGAAACCUCAACAAUGGCAUAUUGACUUAGAGAAUGAUGAGAUGAGAGAAAUUAUGAGACCAUUCCUGGAAUAUCUGAAGAAUGAAGCGGAAACUGAGAUAAGGAGACAGAAUCGCAAAACAAGCAGCUAUUACGAGCAAAAAAAAAAACAAUUAAACAUGAAACUUAAUACGCUGAUAACAAAUGCUCGUAUGCACAAGGUGGCAAGUACACAAACCAUCAUAUCAGGUGAAAAUAUUCACUGUAUUACAAAACCAUGUAUAUCUGAUGAUCAAAUCAGCAACGCUGUAGUUGAUUCGACUUCUCAGCAGACGGUUGAUCGCAUCUUUGAUUUGGUUAUGCAGAAAUUAUCCAUACAAAAAACUACUGAAACUGAAAUGGAGAUUCGAAAAAUGAAAGAUAUACAUCGUGAAGAUUUAGAAAGUGUGAAAAAAAAUUACGAUGAACAGUUGAGAGUUAUCGAAAGAAAGAAUAUACAACAAAUAAAUGAUAUCAAACAUCAAAUCAGACAGUUAAAGAAUGAAAGAGAAAAAUUGCAAAAAAAGGUGGAUGAUUUAGAAAAAGCAGCACAAAAUAAAGAACUAGAUUUUAUCAAAAUUGAAGCAGAAAAUCGAAUGCUUCAUAUGGAAAAUCAGAGGAUUAAGCAGACUUUAGCACAGCAACGAGAUAUUAAUGAAAACCUUGAGGUAAAAAAGGCUAACGUUCUACAGGAUCAAAUAUUGGAAGCUGAAAUCAAGAAAACAGAAGGCAAUACUGAUGACAGAUCCGAAAAUGAUACUCUCUUUUCUGAUAGUGAAUUUUCUUGA